AUGAACAAUGCAGGAAGGAAUAAUCACUCUGACCCUGUGAGUGAAUUCAUUCUUCUUGGAUUCCCUUGUAUCUGGGAGACUCAGAUCCUCCUCUUUGCAUUCUUCUCUGUGAUCUAUGUGCUGACACUAACUGGAAACCUGUCCAUUAUCUGUGCUGUGUGGUGGGACCACCACCUCCACACCCCCAUGUACACCCUGCUGGCCAAUUUUUCGUUCCUGGAGAUGUGGUAUGUCACCUCCACUGUCCCCAGUAUGCUAGCCAACUUCCUCUCUCAGACCAAGACCAUCUCCUUCAUGGGCUGCUUCCUCCAGUUCUACUUCUUCUUCUCCAUGGGCACCACUGAGACCUUCUUCUUGUCUGCCAUGGCCUUUGACAGGUACCUUGCUAUCUGCAGGCCCCUGCGCUACCCCACUGUCAUGACAGUUCAGCGCUGCAUCAGAAUGGGAGCCUGCUGCUGGCUGUGUGGCUUCUCCUGUUUUCUCCUCCCAGUGUAUCUCAUCUCCCAGCUUCCUUUUUGUGGCCCCAAUACUAUUGAUCACUUUUUAUGUGACCCAGGACCCCUUAUGAAGUUGUCCUGUGUGCCAGCUCCUGCCACUGAGAUCACCUGUGCCAUCUUUAACUCAGUCCUAAUUUUCUCCACUUUCCUGUUCAUUACCAGCUCCUACACCCUGGUGAUCAGAGCGGUACUGAGGGUCCCCUCAGCAGAAGGCCGGCGUAAAGCCUUCUCCACAUGUGGCUCCCAUCUGGCUGUGGUGUCCCUGUUCUAUGGCUCCAUCAUGGUGAUGUACGUGAGCCCAACAGCCGGCAAUCCAGCAGGGAUUCAGAAAAUUGUGACCUUAUUUUAUUCUGUGAUGACGCCACUUUUCAAUCCCUUGAUCUACAGCCUCCGGAAUAAAGAGAUGAAAGAGGCCCUGAAAAGACUGUUCAGGAUCAUGAUAUCUGGUCAAGGACAGCCUCUCAAACACUAG